GCGGGGGCGGAGCUGUCGAGUAUAUCACUUCCCUGUGCGCACGCCUCCGUCCCGUCCCCUCUUCCCCUCCCUCACCCACGCCCAAAUCCGCCCGCGGCGACGAGCCCCCGCGGCCGGAGGAGAGGAAAGCCGGCGCCUUUGCGCAUGGCGGAGGCGGGAAUCGGGGCGGCGGCGGCGGCGUCGGCGCUGCUGGACCUGCCGGAGCCGCUGCUGCUGCUCAUCCUCGCCUCCCUCCACGACCCGCGCUCGCGGCACCGGGCCUCCAUGGCCUGCCGCCGGCUCCUGGCGGCGGAGCGGGCGACGCGGGCGGCCAUGGCGCUGCGCGGGGACCCGAGGACGCCCGACUUCCUCCUGCUCCCGCCGGCCUUCUGCUUCCCGGCGCUGGAGCGGCUCGACCUCUCCCUCGCCUCGCCCUGGGGCCACCCGCUGCUCUCGUCCGCCUCGCGCGUCGCGGGGGCGCCGGCCUCCGCCUCCUCCAACCACCUCCCGCUCAGCCCGGAGGAGGCGGCAGAGCGGAACGCCUUCGUGGCGGCGCGCCUCGCCGCAUACUUCCCCGCCGUGGCCCGCCUCGCCGUCUACUGCCGCGACCCCUCCACGCUCGCCAGCCUCGCGCCCUGCUGGCGGGCCACGCUCCGCGCCGUCAAGCUCGUGCGCUGGCACCAGCGGCCCCUCGACCUCCCCGGCGGCGCGGAUCUCGAGCCGCUGCUCGGGUCCUGCCCCGCGCUCGCGGCCCUCGACCUCUCCGAGUUCUACUGCUGGACGGAGGACGUCCUGCCGGCGCUCGACGCGCACCCGGCCGCCGCCGCCAGGCUCACCGACCUCGACCUCGGCCUCGCCGGCGCCUCCAACGGCUUCCACGCCGCCGAGCUCGGGGCCAUCGCCGCCGCCUGCCCCGGCCUCAGACGCCUCGUCGCGCCCUGCGUCUUCAAUCCCCGCUACGUCGACCACGUCGGCGACGACGCGCUGCGCUCGCUCGCCGCCAGCUGCCCCCGGCUCACCGUCCUGCGCCUCAGCGAGCCCUUCGAGCCGGCGUCCACCAGCCAGCGGGAGGAGGCGGGCAUUACCGCCGCGCGGCUCGUCCCCUUCUUUGCCGCGCUCCCUGGGCUGGAGGACCUCACGCUGGACCUCCAGCACAAUGUGCUCGAGGCAGCACCGGCAAUGGAGGAGCUCGCGCGCAGGUGCCCGCGGAUCAAGGUCCUGACGCUGGGGUGCUUCCAGGGGCUCUGCAAGGCCGCCUGGUUGCAUCUCGACGGCGUCGCCGUGUGCGGCGGGCUGGAGUUGCUCUGCAUCAAGAAUUGCGAGGAUCUCACCGACGCCAGCCUUGGCGCGAUAGGCCGUGGCUGUGGGAGGCUUGCCAAGUUUGCCAUCCAAGGAUGUAACCUUGUCACGUCGGAUGGGAUUAGGAGGCUAGCUACGGCGCUUCGGCCUACAUUGAAGGAGGUCAGUGUGUUGCACUGCCGGUUUCUGCACACUGCAGCAUGCCUUGCUGCUCUGAACCCGAUCCGCGAUCGGAUCGAGAGCCUUGAGAUCAAUUGUGACUGGGAGGAGGUUGAGCAGCCCAGCUCCAGCUGCGUGGCCAACGGCACAACCGGAAGUGAUCAUGAGGAUGACGAGCCUAGCGAAAUGGCAUACCAAUCCGCGCCCAAGAAAUGCAGGUUCUCCUACUUGGAAAUGGACAAUUAUGAAAGCUGGGAGAUGCUCCGGUCACUCUCCCUUUGGUGCCCUGCUGGUCAACUACUCUCCCCGCUCAUUUCUGCCGGACUCGAUAGCUGCCCUGUGCUUGAGAAGAUCUCAAUUAAGGUGGAGGGCGAUCUUCGGACGUGUCCGCGUCCAUUUCACGGGUCAGCUUUUGGCUUAAGCGACCUUGGAGCCUUCCAGGCACUGGCCAAGAUGAAGCUGGACCUCAGCGAGGCGGUGGGUUAUGCUCUCACCGCGCCAACGGGGCAUAUGGAUCUUUCACAGUGGGAGCGGUUUUAUUUGAGUGGCAUUGAAUCAUUGCUGAGUUUGUAUGAGCUGGACUACUGGCCGCCCCAAGAUAAGGAUGUGAACCACCGGAGCCUGUCACUGCCAGCGGUCGCACUUUUCCAGCACUCCAUCGGACUCAGGAAGCUCUUCAUCCAUGGCACCACACACGAGCACUUCAUGAGCUUCUUCCAGAAAAUGCCGAACUUAAGGGACGUGCAGCUAAGGGAGGACUACUAUCCAGCACCGGAGAACGAUAUGAUGAUCACAGAGAUGCGGGCUGAGUCUUGUCUCCGGUUCGAGCAGCAGCUGAACAACCGGCAAUUUCGGCAAAUUCCUGAUUGAUGCUGAAUUGGCAAUUUCGGCAAAUUCCUGAUUAGUGCUGAAUUGGGUGCACCAUUACAGUGAUUCAAGGUUGAAUACUUCAACACAGAGAGCCCUUUGCUCUUGUUUAGUCACCCAGAGUGCUACUCAUGUAUGAGUGGGUUGCUUGCGAUGAUCGGUGUAGUAACUGGAAUUGCUCAGUCCAUUGAUGAUAAGAGUAGAAGACAACGCCUGAUCAAGUGACAGUGGUAUCGAAUCUUUAUUUGCAUUCCUUUUUCUUUUUCUGGUGUAAUAAGAGAGAGACUCAGAGUUCACAUAUUUGCAGGAGGCAAGAUGAUAAGUUAGCAUUUGAGGGAAUUUUGUCAAGGGAAAAAGUUUUUUAUUUAUUUUCAAGCUGAGCUCAGUUGAACUGCGGCAAGAGAAAUUGGCAUUAUUAUUCUGGCAUCAAAGAUCAAAGAAGCUUCUGCAAGGUCCAAGCAAAGCUGCCCAUCAUCCGAGCAGGCUCCCACAAUUUGCUUGUUAACCCAAAGGCCCCUAACUGAGGAGUGGUUCCGCAAAUCGCAGCAUGACAAGGACAGGACAGGAACAAGAUCGGGCAUCGGAACAUAUUGCACAAGAUGUCGCGUGGGCGCGCGCCCUUCCAAGUUCCGAUCCCAGGUACAUAGCUGGAGGCGUCUCAGUGGAAGAGGAGGAUGCUGGUGCUGUAUAGAAUUCAAUGCAAAGCUGGCUGGCGUCUAGAAGGGCCAGAUCGGUGUGAUAGAGCAGAAGCUUUCCCUUUUCUUUCUUCCUCUCGCAUCCAUGCGCCACGUCGACGGCUUCUUCUUCACAUGAUUGGCCCUUUGUGUGUGUGUGUGUGACAAAGACGCACACAUGCAUCGUCCCGUUGCCUCUGUUUUAAGCAACUGGUCGGCAUUGGGCAGAAAGGAGGGGUUGGAUGGAGCACAAAAGGUUAGUUCGCUGCGGCAUUUUAUCUUUUCGCUAUCUCGUCUCACGCUCAGUUAGCAUUACCAUACUAUCAGUACAUAGUACCAUUGCAAAUUAUUCGUCGUUUUAAUAUCGAGAUCCGCAGACUGAAUUUGUAGCCGAAACUUCCCACCAUGUAGAAUAUGCACGUUGUAGCACUGCAAAAUGUUGUAGACUUGUAUGGGACUCGUGCAGCCAUUUUCACCCGCAUCCUUUGCGACCCCAAAGGAUCCAUGGAUCGGCCGGAGGACUUUGUGGCCGUCGCCGCGUGCGGAUUGUACGGAGACGGAGACGGGCAGCCAAGUCAGUCAAGCAUGCAUGCGCCUACCUGGCUCGCUCGGAAAAGCAGUGUAAAGGAAAAAAAAGGGUAAAGCGCUUGCUUGCUUGCUGUAGGUGCUAGGCUUCCUUGGUUUUCUGGAUCCGAAUGAUGCUUUUUGGGAUGCUUCCAAACUUUGUUGGACCGCUCAUACUUCAUUUCGAUUCAAGGGCAAAACAUUUCCUAGCUUGCCAUUUC